AUGUCGUUGUCUCUUAAAUCUGUACAUUUCAAACCACAAGAUUUGCCACUGUCACCACACCACUUGAGCAUUGCACAUUGCAAGCCUUACCAGCAUAAUUCCUUUCGCACCAAUAUUCGCUGCUUAACUGAUACAUCCCGAAAUAAGUUCCAUCACCAACAGCCGCUGUGUUUAAGUUUGAUUGACGUUCAGCAAUACACACAAGUACCCCAAUACGAUCCAAAGGAAUGA